AUGGCAGUGGAGUGGCUAUUGUUGGCCCAUAUCCUGUGUGAGGCACUGGCCUCUGGCGUGUGUGGGUCCCACCAUACACGCAGCUCCAGGUCCCGGUCACUCUACCCUUCUGCCCCAAAGAACUUCCUGAGCCCUCAGACAGUCCCCAGGAUGCUGGAUUCCUCAGGGGCAGACUCCAUGACCCGACUGACGCUAAGGCUCCUAGAACAGAAGCUGGAACGAGAACGAGAGAACAUGGAAGAGGGCUCUGAGGACAGGCUGGAUGCUGCCCUGCAGAGCGCUCAUAGGAGAAGGAAAGACCUGCUGCAGAGACUCUGGGAACAGCAGCUGCUGGACGAGCAUACGGGAACCCUCCCCUGGAGGGAGACACAUGAAGGAACCCACAGGCCAGUCCUGCACAGGGAGGCACCCCCUGUGGGAAUGCACUCUGCCACCUCCCCAGAACCAGUGAGGGUCAUCCAGCACCUGGUGCCCCAGCCUCCUGCCACCAUCAUUCAGCAGCUGCCUCAGCAGCCAUUCAUUGCACAGAUUCCUCCUCCUCAGGUCUUUGCCGCUCAAAGAUCAGGAAAUAUUAAGGAAGACAUGGUGGAGAUGAUGCUGAUGCAGAACGCGCAGAUGCACCAGAUCCUCAUGCAGAACUUGAUGCUCAAGGCGCUGCCGCCGGCCCCAGGGCCGCGCCCCGCGCCGCAGGACCCGCGCUGGGCGAGCCCGGUGGUCCCGCGGGCCGAGAGGCCGCCGGCCCCGGUGCAUCACCACCACCACUACGCGCCCGUCGCCCCGCCGCGGGCCCCCGCCGGGUACCCGACGUGGACCCCAGGACUCCCGGACGCCGCCGCGCUCCUGCCCGCAGUGAGCCACGGGGCCGCGGUCCUGGGCGGGGUGGUCCUGGUCUUUAUAUCCUUGGAAGCUUGCAGGUCAGAGCCCAACAAGUCAGAAUUGCCACACUCCCCAUGUGCCUUCCUCACUACAGGAACCAGUAUACAGGUGAGCCUAGAGACCAAGGAGCAGGCUAAAAUGUUCACAUGA